UCCUGUGUUACCGUAGACGCUUCGCUAGAAACGGCCCUCUUUUAAAGUUCCUGGGGGAAGAGUGGGGCGACCCGGACAAACCGAGGGGAAAAGGGCCAAGAUCGAACUCAGGGGAUAAAUAUUUACACAGAUUUCAACACGGGAGGAUUAAUAUUAAACCGGACACAAGAAAUCUAAGGUGAGACACAGAAAACCAUCGUCUUGAGCCCGAGAACGUCAGAAAAUAAAGAAAAUGGCGGAGCCGGACAAAUUAAACAUCGACUCUAUAAUUCAGCGUCUCUUGGAAGUCAAAGGAUCUCGGCCAGGGAAGAACGUCCAGCUGACCGAGAAUGAGAUCCGUGGCCUCUGCCUCAAAUCUCGUGAAAUCUUCCUGAGCCAACCGAUCCUGCUUGAACUGGAGGCUCCCCUGAAAAUCUGUGGUGAUGUCCAUGGUCAGUACUAUGAUCUGCUCCGGCUCUUUGAAUAUGGAGGGUUCCCCCCAGAAAGCAACUACCUGUUCCUGGGUGACUACGUCGACAGAGGAAAGCAGUCACUGGAGACCAUCUGCCUGCUUCUAGCCUAUAAGAUUAAAUACCCAGAGAACUUUUUCCUGCUGCGUGGCAACCAUGAAUGCGCCUCUAUUAAUCGAAUCUAUGGCUUUUAUGAUGAGUGUAAGCGACGGUAUAACAUUAAAUUGUGGAAGACCUUCACAGACUGCUUCAAUUGUUUACCUGUGGCUGCCAUUGUAGAUGAGAAAAUCUUCUGCUGUCAUGGAGGCCUCUCUCCUGAUCUCCAGUCAAUGGAGCAGAUCCGCAGAGUUAUGCGACCCACAGACGUGCCUGACCAGGGUUUGUUGUGCGACCUGCUGUGGGCUGACCCAGACAAAGAUGUGCUCGGCUGGGGUGAAAACGACCGUGGAGUCUCCUUCACAUUCGGUGCAGAUGUGGUGGCCAAAUUUUUGCACAAACAUGACAUGGACCUAAUAUGCAGGGCGCAUCAGGUGGUUGAAGAUGGUUACGAGUUUUUUGCAAAGAGGCAGCUCGUCACUCUGUUCUCCGCUCCCAACUACUGUGGAGAGUUUGACAACGCUGGUGCCAUGAUGAGUGUGGAUGAGACGCUCAUGUGCUCCUUCCAGAUUCUGAAGCCAGCAGAUAAGAAAUUAUAUCCUUACGGUGCUGGGGGAGGAAUGGGAUCAGGGAGGCCGGUCACCCCUCCGCGAAAUUCAGCCAAGGCCACCAAGGCCAAGAAAUAACACCCACUGGGUCCACUUCCCACAACCUGCCACCCCCUGUUGGCCCAAUGCUUCUUUUUUGUUGUUGUUUUAUUUCUCCUCCUCUACCUCCCAAACCUUUUGUCUCCCUUGUCACCAAACGGCAACAAAGAAACCAAGUGUCCAGGGUUCAAUCAUGUUUUUCUCACUAAAACUAUUUUUAACUGUU